AUGCGAAGGCUUUCUCCCGAGGUUCAGGGAGCCAUGACCUUCAGGUCUCUGAAAACUGACCUUAACCCAGAUUUGCAUCAUCAUCCGGAAGUCGACCUGUCAGGGAAGGCAGCGUAUUAUGAGAGCAUGAUUGGACUGAGAGAUGGUGCACUUGCUGCUGCAGACUCUGACCACACACAGGAAGCUUUACUCUGUGGAGUUGGUGACGGAUCAAAGAGGACAUCAUCCAUCCCUAUUGGAAAAGACGUAUUUGAUUCUGAUGAGGAGGAUAAAGACUUUGAUGAAGCAGCUGUCCAUCCACCCCGUGGUUUGUCACACAGUGGAAAAGUAUCCUCAGAUGAAGAGUUUGAAGUGGACCAAAUGAAGAGCAUCAAAGAUACAGAUGAAAGGAUGGAGACUGAAGUUUGGGGAAUUGAGUGGGAUAAGAAUCAAAUUGCAGCUUUAAGCAGCAACAAGUUUGACGUCCUCCUGAAGAUGUGGCCACAGUUUCAUGAGUGUAAAAGCCACCUGGCAACAUUUGUCUUGAUAAGAGAGGUCUUGGAUGCAGCAGGACAUCCAUUUAAUGACUAUAAGGUUGUUGCGAUGGGAGCAGGCGGAUCAUGCUGCAGUGGUUUGCUCUGCUACAGUGGGACGAUGGUCCACGACUGCCACGCCAUCAUCAUCGCCAGGAGGGCUUUGCUGAGGUUUCUCUACAAACAGAUUUUGCUGUUCUUUGAAGCUGAUCCAAAGGCCAAGGAGAGUUGUAUUUUUGAGAGUAGUGCCGACAGUCACCAGCUAAAGCUCAAACCCAAAAUCAGCCUCCAUCUCUACACCAAUCAGUUCCCUGAGGGAGCCGCUAGGAACUUCUACUUCAAGUGCUCAGUGAAAAACUGUUUCGAUAACUUGAAGCUGGAGUAUCACGCAGCAGGGCUCCUUGUGCCUGCAGCUUACCUCAACCCAAGCUUGGCAGGUGCCAAAGUGUGCUGUCUGUCUGGCAGCGACAAGAUGUGUUGCUGGACCAUCACUGGAGUUCAGGGGGCAUUAUUGAGCCUCUUGAUUCAGCCACUUUACAUCACCACCGUGGUUCUAGGAAGUCAGAAAGUCUUUAACCAAGAAAUGUCUGACAUCACCAAUAAGAGACUGGGCGAUGGAUGGGAAGGAGUUCUUCCACCGUCCUACAAGAAACAAGACAUCAUCUUUAUCUCUGGCGACUAUGUGGGCCCUGCUGAGACAUCCCAAAUACACAACACUGUCAGCAUCAACUGGUGUCUUGGAGAUAAAGACAUUGAAGUUCUGGACAGCAGCAAAGGCAUCAUCAUUGAAGGUUCUCCUUUUGUGAGCGGGCCAAGCUUCUCCAGCAGACUUUGCAAGAGAGCCCUCUACAGUUACUUCCAGAAAGUUGCACUGCUGGUUGGCCACAGCUACCUGACAGAGCUUCCCACCUACCACAGUGUCAAGGUGGAGGCUACCGUGUACCAAACAGUCAAAGAUCUGGUCAAGCAACGCUUCCUGAGCAACAAAGCAGGGCCCUGGAAUUCAAAAAAUCUUGUGGAUUGUUUCAGUUCUUAAAAUUAUCCACUUCAGACGUUAUGUUUAGAUUUUUUAAGUUCCUCUAG